ACCAAGUCAACUCCAGUCAGCAGUUAGCUGUUAGCCGUUAGCUGUUAGCUGCUAGCUGCUAUCGUUAACUGCUUCAAUAAACAUUGAAAGAUAUUGAUCUUAGCUCAGAGCAGAUAUUGAUUAUUGAUCUGUGAACAUUUAUCGGCUCAGUGUGACGAUCUGCACCUGAGCUAAAGUCCAGGUGAGUUCUCCUCCUGCAGGCCCAACAUGGCGUCUGAUGCAUCUCCUCCAGGUGAGGAGGAGGUGACGGUGAGGAGGAGGAGGAGGAGGAAGGACGUUCAGGCAGUGGACAUUGAAGAGUUAACGUCUGCUGGUCACAGAGCUCUGCAGGAGGGACGGACAGGGGACGCAGUGAGCUGCUUCAACACCGCGCUGAAGACUGCAGGACAGCUGCAGGACUCUCGGGUCCUGCGGGCCUGUUCCUUUAACCUGGGUGCCGCCUACGUGGAGGCGGGACAACCUAAGAAAGGUCUCGACCUCCUGCGUCAGGCUCAGCCUGGUCCAAAGGCAGACCGGCUCCCAGACCUCCAGUUCAACCUGGCCCUGGCCCACAAUGCACUGGGGCAGGACCGAGAGGCCGCCGCCUUCUUCCUGCAAGCCGCACAGCUGUACAGGUCGCAGGGGGACGGAGGCAGCGAGGGGGACGCCUGCAUGGAGAUGGGCCGCUGCUACAGCAGACUGCAGGACUGGACUCUGGCGGUUCAGGGUUUCCUGCGGGCUGCAGAGAGUUACCGAAUAGCGGCCAUGUUGGAUUCAGCAGCCGACGCCUUUAAAGAAGCAGGAAGUCACAUGAUCCAAUCAGAUCAGUUCAGCCAUGAUGACAUCAUCAGUGCACUAACUGAGUGCCUGAGUUUGAUGGAUGGACUCACCGACCUGAGGAUUCUGGGUGAGCUGUACCUGUCGGUGGGCGUGUCUUACUGCCGGCUCAGGUGUUUUCAGGAGGCGGUCCAGUGUUUCCAGCGGGCUCUGGGCCCCGUGGCUCAGCAGCCCCCCCUGCUGGCUGCAGUGCUGCACAACCUGGGAGCCGCUCUGAACUCUGGGGGCCAGUUCACAGCCGCAGUGGACUACCACAGACUGGCUGCUGGACUCUACGGCUCUCUGGGUUGCCGUGGUGACCAGGCUCGGUGCUUCAGUAACUUGGCGUUUGCCUGCAGUCAGCUGGGUGAUGAAGAGGAGGCAGCAGAGAGCUUCAUCCACGCUCUGCAGGGCUUCAGAGACACUGGGGACCACCUGGCUGAGGUUCAGGUGUGUGAGUCGUUGGCAGAGUGUUACCUGAGGCAGAGAAAGCAGCAGAAAUCGGUUCAGCUCUACAAACAGGCUCUGAGUGCUCUGUCUCACUGCCAGGACAGUUCUGGUUCUGUUCGGGAUCGUCUGGUGGAGCGUCUGACUGCAGCUCUACGGCAGAACCUCACAGUCAGUCUGCAGAGGCCACACCCACUCAGAUCCCACCAACUCAGGCCACACUCACUCAGUCCAUCUGUAACCAGGAACAGUGGCAUCACACAGAGUCCAGGCAGAGCGUCCAACCAGCAGCCAGAUGAUCAGAGGGGGGAAGGGCAAGGAUCAGAGGCUACAGGUAGACAGGAUACAGCAGAGCAUUGUGGGUCACCGUUGGGCGGAACCACUGAGGGACCUGAGUACAUGAGCAUUACACCCGGACUGCACAGUCCGUACCAGUCAGACCCGCUGCAGCACAGUGAGUCACCUGAUACACCUGAUACAUCUGGUACACCUGGUACACCUGGUACACCUCAUACACCUGGUACACCUGAUACACCUGAUACACCUGGUACACCUCAUACAACUGAUACAACUGAUACACCUGAUACAUCUGGUACACCUGAUACACCUGGUACACCUGGUACACCUCAUACACCUGGUACAACUGAUACACCUGGUACACCUCAUACACCUGGUACAACUGAUACACCUGAUACACCUGCUACACCUGCUACACCUCAUACACCUGGUACACCUCAUACACCUCAUACACCUGGUACAACUGAUACAAACGAUACACCUGGUACACCUCAUACACCUGGUGAACUGUGGUCAGACAGACAGAACCCUCACACUGACAGUGAAACCUCAUUGGUCCCAGAGGCAGAGGCUCCUCCCACCAGACCAGAUGGCAUCAUAGAGGCCACGCCUCCUGCAGCCAGGUGGAGGUCUCGGUUCUGUUCACUGAUGUAGACUCACCUGCCCGAUGGAGUUAUUGAUUGUGAAUUGAUUUUAGACUCAAUAUACUGACUCUGGUUUCCAUGGAAACACUUUCUACAGAAAGGAAACUGGUUUUAAUUUGACAUCAGAGUCUGAUCCACUGAUGGGAAGGGCUGCGAGCCGAGCUGCUGCUAACGUUAGCACCAAGAUCUAAACAGUGGAUGGUAAACAGUCAAUGUAUGACAGCUUCUGAUUAUUGAUUAUUGAUUUAAUAUAUAAACAAUGAGGGUACAGUGAAGCUGGGAACACAAUGUAUAUUAGAUAUUAUAUAUAAGAAAGCAAACAGCAGAUAGAUCAAUAAACAGUGAAUCUGUCAGAAAGAUGAAUAUUAAGUCUGAUUGUUAAAAUGAUAAGAAAAAAAACAGAAUACAGAGAAUGGAUCAAUGUAUCAGGAGAACUCACCCUUCACAGGAAAUAAUCUGCUCCAGCUCCCUCAGGCUCAGCCAGGUAGAAUAAAGAAAUGAGCUGACGGGCAGCACUUCAUCAUAGACCUUUUAUCUUAAAGCAGUGAAAUCAUAAACUGACCUUCUGUUACUUUCCCAACUCUAUUUUAAUUAGGAUGUAUUUAACCCUUAAAGGCUGAGCUCAUCGACGUUCAGACUGAGCGUGUGCAAAAGACCAGAUCAUUCACUGAACAUAAGCACAUUAAAUGAUAUCCUAAUCACACUGUAGUGAUUGUUGUAAUGAAGUGUUUCAUACACAGGAUGGAGGUCUUCAUUAAUGCUGUAUAUUAAACUGCUGCACUUAUCCUCAGUCCUUCUGGGAUCACAGGUGCUGACAGGUAAAGAGUGAAGAGUGGAUGCAGACAGACGGGUGGAAAUCUUUAUGACCCUAAGACACAGUGCUACUCAAAUCCUCCUGUAGUGAUAAUAUGGACCCAAACCACAGAGUGACGGCAUUAUUGAGGCUGAGUAUAAAGUUUAAUAUUAGAACUGUUCAGUCUGGGUCUCCAGCUGUUACACUGAUUGAUGCUAACAUCAUUAGCAUUAAUAAUCAGCUAUAUGGACAAUAUCUCAGCAGCUGAUUGGCUGAUUUGGACUGAGUGGUUUCGGGGUUAUUGAGGAUGCUGAAUGCAUUUCAAAAUACUACAUGGAUGUUUAAACCAAGUGUUCAUGUCUCGGCUCCCAGUGGGCUGAUUCUGAUUCUUUUUGAGGUUAUUUAUAUGAUUCAUCUAUAAGCACAGCAGCAAAGACACAAAAUGACUAAAUAAAGGAGAAAUAUUAUGUUGGGUGUAUCGGACCUUGUGGGACUUUCUCACUGCCGUGCAGUAACUCGCCACCACCAGCUAUUUCAACCAGAAGGUUCAGGUCGAGCAUGGACCGCAGUUUGGAGUGUGGACUGUCAGCUGGAGCGGUGUCAGAGCUCUGAGCGGCCACUGCUGGGCUGCCCUUGAGCAAAACACCAAACUCCCAGCCAGUCCCUGCAGGAGGUCACAGGUUUCAUUUGGGAUUGUUGCGUCAUUCCUGGUUUCACUGCAGAUUUUAUUAAUGAUUGUGAUGCAUGUUGAGAUGGUUUAAAAACUUGCAAUAAAAUUGAGGAAGUAAAAACUA